AUGAGAAACACGAGCAGGGCUAGUUUCAUAAAGGAGGUAGAUGUCAAAGACAAGCUCCUAAGCCACAACCUCAAGUUCAGCAACUUGCUCCUCAAGCUGAUGUUUCACCUUCAUGGUCCUAGGGAGAUUAGUUCUGCAAAUGCCAGUGAUGAUGGAUUUGACGAAGAAGAAGACGAUGAAGAAACUGAAGAAGAAGAAGAUGAUGAAACGGGAAUUGGAGAAGAUGAAGAAGAAGCAACUCACAAUGAUAAAGCUGCAGAUGCUUAG